GCAAAAAUAGAUAAAUAGUCGUAAAACAAAUAGAGAAAAUUAUGGCUAUAACAGAUUCAUUAUACUUAUAUUGUACUGAUUGGAAAGCAACAUCACAAACAUAUCAGUAUUAUAGAAACCCAUUUCUCAAUCCAAAACAAACUGAGUCUAAUCAAAUCGAUCUACUGUCAGUACUUAUUGCUAAAAGUAAUAAUGGAAGUAUUUAUAGUUUCCAAAUGUGCAACAAAAGCCACAGUGAUAAUAAUAACAAUACUGGUAUUACCAAAAUUACAAAAACAGUAGAUUCAAGUGAUGCGAAAAGUAUAAUGAACUGUAAACAAGAUUCCGUUCGAGACAAUGAUUUAUAUUUUAAUUAUUGUGAGAAUACAAAGUUUGAAUUGAUGAAAAUUAAACGCACCUACAAUCUAAUGAUUUUUCUAUUAAAUGAAAAACAAAUUUGUUCAAAGCAUUUUGAUUUAAUCAAAUUAUUUGUGGAACAAUUACAAAGAGUUGUAAAACAUUUAGAAAAAGGCAUUGAUAAUAAAUUAAAGAACUUGGUCAAUUUUAGUUUGGAUAUAUUUGCCGAGAAAAUUGUCACUAAAGGAUCAAAAUAUUUGAAAAAUAUAAUUAAUUGUUCCGAAUGUGGUCAACACUCUAUCAUGAACUCGCCACUGAUAGAACAAUCCAAUAACAUAUUAUUCAGCAAAGAGAACUGUAAUCAUUAUUAUAGUUCAAUUAAAUCUGGACUGUUAGAUUUGCAGAACUCCGCGCUGAAUGAUGAUAAAAUUAAAAUGUCUCCUAAUUGUAAAGCCAACAGAUUAGGCAGACAUCUUUUGUCGAAUAACAAGAUAGAUUAUCAUCAGCUGGUGGACGUGGUCUAUUCCAAUGCUUCUUCACAUUGUUUUCCAACUAUGAGUUUACUUGAAUCCAGUUCAUCAUUGCCGCCUAACUCAUGUUCAUUAUCCUUGUUCUAUUCUACCUGUUCCUUGUCCUCAUCAUCUUCCUCUUCAUCAUCAUUAUCAUCUUUGUCAUCACCCUUGACUUCACCACUUACAUGUUCCACUUGUACAUCAGUCUCCAACAAUUCAAUUCAAUCACCGACAAAAGAAAUCAUGGAAAACACAAAUUUUGAACCUAUUGCAACUGGUCAUUUUCAAACUGUAAAUAAUUGUGAUAAACAUAAGAGACUUGAGAAUAAACAGAUUAAAGGUAAACUGCUCAUAUAUCAUCCUGUUAAUUUGAAUAACAUUGAAUGCAAACAACCAAAUGGUUCAUUUAAAAAAUCGGCGGAAGCGCAGAAGAUUCCACUAUGUCUGUAUCAAGGCAAACCUCACACAAGAAAUACUACAUACUAUGAUUAUUCACAGCAAUACUCAAGUCAAAACAAUCAGAGUGAAAUCGAAAAUUGUCAAACCAAUCUGAAUACAAUGUAUCCUUAUGCAGUUUCAAGGCGACCAAGUGUACGUGAUAUGUUAAGUCAAAGAAAAAAUAGUCCUGGAAACCUUGAACGUAAACAGCAACAAAGCCAUUUACUCUACAUAUCAAAUGAUCAUAACAACUGCCAUCAAUCGAAUUCAUGUAUAAAUUGUUCAGAUUAUUUAUUUUCUGAAAAUAAUUUAAAUAUGGGUGUUGUCCCACCGCCAAAUUUAAAUCCAUUUGCAUCAUAA